CACCUAAUGUUUAUUUGGUUCCUUUAUACUCCUGAUUCUCUCCUUAUCCUCUCCAUGUUCUUUCUUCUCCAUGUCCCUUUCAGAACUUUAAUCAUUCAUUUUUCCCCCCUAGCCCUGAUAACUAACAGAUAGAGUUUCAGAAGCAGACAAAUCUAACUUGAGUGAUGGGAAAAUCCAAGGCAAGAAGGUCUCUAGGAUUAAUCCUUCAUAGCAGGAGGGAAAACCAAAUCUUUUUGAGGGUUAAGGAUCAAGUGGUCUGGAGGAAGGCUAUAUUAAUGGAGUCAGAGGGGAGUAUAUCGAUUUCUUAUACUCAGAAUAGUUUUCCUGGUGGCUCCUAAGGAUAAGAAGAAUAAACACAACCUUUAUGGAACUGUUUGGGGAGGAGUGUGAGAAGUUCACAAAGAGCAGGUAAUGAAUAUGGCUUCUCAAAUUCAGCCGCUGCCCACUCCUCACUGCCUGUAGAGAAGACCUGGAUCUAGAUCGGCGUGGAGAAAAACACUACUUAGGCUCCUUCUGGAUUUCUACUUUGUGCUCCACUUCAAUGAACAGGGAGCCACAAGCGCCACGUUAUUAGUAAGUGUAAUGUGAAGUGUUCAAGGUAAUAGCCAGAUAAACUUAAUGUGAUUAUGUAUAAUCAAGUUAAAAUACAGUUUGCCUAAUAGGUCUUCAGGAAGGAGAGAUAUUAUUAUGGGCACAGGCCAUUACAAAAUGGCUUGUCUGAAAGAGGUAUGUUAAGGUUCAAAUUUGAAUAAGCAGAAAUGGAAGGGAAGGGAAAUUCAUGUAAACACAGAACGAGCAAAGUCUUAGAGGGAAAAGUAUAGCAUGGGUAAGGGGGCAAAUGCUGCUUGUGUGGAAAUGGCACAAUGAGGUCAGAAAGGGAGGUGGACCCAGGCUUCGGGGGCAGGGUGAAUGGAGGCAGGGUGAAGCAUGGUUGAUACAGACGUUCUACGUGAGAAUGAGUACAAAGGGCUAGAGGUUAUCCCUAUAAGAGUAUUCUCUGGAAGGACUUUCCCCUGGAAAAUCCCACAGUUUAGAAACCCAUGCUGUCUUUUGUGAUCUCAGCACACACUCAGAGAUGCUUUCUGUUCCUAUUAUAUUCAGCAGACCCAUCAACUUCUAAGUCAUUAUAGAGAGGAUCCUAAAGUUCAUCAUGACUCACACCAACCUUACCAUCUUCCACCCUGCAGUUUUUGUCCUACUCGGCAUCCCUGGGCUGGAGGCGUAUCACAGCUGGCUGUCCAUACCCCUCUGCCUCAUGUAUAUCACGGCAGUCCUGGGGAACAGCGUCCUGAUAAUGGUCAUCAUCAAGAGCGUUAACCUUCAUGAGCCCAUGUACGUUUUCCUUUCCAUGUUGGCCAUCACGGACAUCCUGCUGUCCACCACUACUGUACCCAAGGCCCUAGCCAUCUUUUGGUUCCAUUCUCAUGACAUUGCCUUUGAUGCCUGUGUCACCCAAGUGUUCUUUGUCCACGUGAUGUUUGUGGGGGAGUCAGCCAUCCUAUUAGCUAUGGCCUUUGACCGCUUUGUGGCCAUCUGUGCUCCUCUGCAUUACUCAGCGGUGCUAACGUGGCCCGUUGUGGGAAGAAUUGCUCUGGCCAUUGUCACCCGAAGCUUCUGCAUCAUCUUCCCAGUGAUUUUCUUGCUGAAGCGGCUGCCCUUCUGCCGGACCAACAUCAUCCCCCAUUCCUACUGUGAGCAUAUUGGAGUGGCCCGCUUAGCCUGUGCUGACAUCACCGUUAAUAUCUGGUAUGGCUUCUCAGUGCCCAUUGUCAUGGUCAUCUUGGAUGUAAUCCUCAUCACUGUGUCUUACUCACUGAUCCUCCGGGCAGUGUUCCGUUUACCUUCCCAGGAUGCCCGGCACAAGGCUCUCAGCACUUGUGGCUCCCAUCUCUGUGUCAUCCUCAUGUUUUAUGUCCCAUCCUUCUUUACCUUAUUAACCCACCGCUUUGGACAUAACAUUCCUCGACAUGUCCAUAUCCUGCUGGCCAAUCUUUAUAUAGUGGUGCCACCAAUGCUCAACCCCAUUGUCUAUGGUGUGAAGACUAAGCAGAUCCGGGAGAGUGUAGCCAGCUGGUUCUUUGACAUGAAGGCUUGGUGCUGUGCUUCCCCUCUGGGCUGAUGGCUCCCUAGAAGUCCCCACACCCAAGAAACUAGGUAUAAAAUAUAGAGAUUUCCUGAGAGGGCUUUUCCUUCUCUUUCCCAUUCUCUUCCUUCUUCUUCAUCAUCCUAUCUUCUCUUAUAUCUUUUUCUUUUCUUUUCUGGCUCUUCCUCUUUGCCUCCUCCCCCUGUUUCUUUGUUUCUUUUUAUCCUCUUCUAUUCUCAUAUUCCUCCCCCACAACCCACAAAUAACAACUAAGUAUCCAUGCUUCUAAUUAUGAACAUUUGGUAUCCUCAGUAGACCAGAUGUACUCCAGAAACACAGGGAGCUGAACAGCACAUAAAGUAAGUUAUGCACGAAUGGAUAAAAAUAAUUUUAUAUUUAAUAUCUGAAAGGGUUCCAGUUUUUAUCUCCAAAUAUGCAUUUAUUAUUUGUACAGGUUCAAGUAGCUCUCCUCCCACUUCUGUAAUGGCAGAUGCUUUUGAAAAACAGCUAUGUGUUCAUAUCAUUUAGCCAUUU